GUUUGUUUCGUAAAAGGUGCGGAUCUUUUUUCUAAGGGCGGGCCAGGCGUAUAUAAUGAUAAACCUUGCGCAGAUCAGUUCAAUUGGAUCAUAUCUAUAGGCAAGCAAUAAUAUAGCUAUCGGGUUGAAUUUUCGCCAAUUGACAGAUAUAAAUGGAGAUAUAUCUAUUUACGAAAAUACGGAUUGCACAUUGGAUUUAACCCAACUUUCGGAUGUUGCAACAUUAUCUUUAGUCGAUAAUGUCAAUACUACCUUACCUUGGUUUCCUGGGCUACGAAGAGCUAACAAUAUUCACAUCCGAGGGUAUAUUGAUACAUAAGUUUAGGCAUUAUAUCCUGUCAUGAAUGAAAUGUAUUGCUGAAGCGUGUCCAGUUCUCCCGGUCCUAAUAUUUUCCCAGCUUUGACAGCAGUGUCGGGAAAUCUCACCAUAGAAGCGUGGAACGACGACUUUAACUGUUCAAAGCUGGUAGACCAAUAUCAAAAUGGCCUUAUUCAUAACCUGGCAUGCAAUGGGACUAACAACGAAACCGGACGCAAUACGGAAAGCCCCCCGGGCAAUGCCUCGUCAGAGUUAUCUCAAGGGGCAUGGGCUGGUAUCGGAGUAGGCAUAGGAGUAUUUGUUAUAGGCACUGUUUUCGGCAUGAUCUGGCUUCUUCUACGGCUCAAACGUUGGAGGAAGGAGCUUAUGGAAAUAAUAAGGCAACAAGAGGCCCAGCAAGAGCAUCGUAGGGACAGCCUAGAGAUGGACCACGAACCGCCAAAUCCGAAUGUCCUAUUGGAAAGUGACGGUACGGGCAUCAUCCGGGAAAAGCCCGACGACCACCUUCGCGAGGCUGGCGGUAGAGCGAUCAUUGCUGAGCACCCAGAUGAUCAUAUACGCGAACUACCAGUGCCACCGGCAGAGCUGGAAGGGGCGCCGGACAUGGAGAGGAGGACAUGAAAGAUGGAAGUAGGGAGUAAUAGGGGAAUAUAUCACGAGCAGGAGUUCCACUAAGAACAUGCGGUACGAAAGGAUGGGCGGUUUUCUUCUAGCUUCUUCGUCGGCCUAUCUAUUAGUUAUUUGCCUCGCUGAAAUAUAUUUAUACCGGC